AUGGAUUCCGAUGAUUCAUCUGGAUCUUCAUUUGGAUCUUCUAACGGUCACGACGAUUACGCAGAUCGUUUCCAGGCUAUACUACAACGAGCUGCCCAAGUAGUUCAAAGGCGUCUUGCUGACCAACCUGACACAGUCAUUCACCGAAGGGUUCCAGUUGACCGUAAUCGUAUUGAAGCACAUGCGCGUUUGAUGCAUGACUACUUCAAUGAUCAACCGCGAUACAACGUGAGACUUUUCAGAAAAAGGUUUCGUAUGACAAAACCUUUAUUUAUGCGGAUAGUCGGUGAUUUGGAGGCUAGGUACCCAUAUUUUCAGACAAGAUAUGACCGGGCUGGGAGAAAAGGGUUCGCCGGGGUACAGAAGUGUACAUCUGCAAUUCGCCAAUUGGCAUACGGCGUGAAUAGUGAUUUCCUUGACUAUAUGAUUGGUAGUAUUGAUUGUAUGCAUUGGCCAUGGGAGUUGUGUCCAGCGACUUGGCGAGCUACUUACACGGGCGGUCAUGUGGGUAGACCGUCAUUGAUAUUGCAGGCUGUAGCAUCCAACGAUCUAUGGAUUUGGAAUGCUUAUUUUGGACGGCAAGGUUCGCACAAUGAUAUCAAUGUGUUUGAAGCAUCGUCUAUUCUUGAGGAGAUUAUUAAUGGCUUGGCACCUAGUGUUCCGUUUUCGGCAUAUGGUAACCAUUAUGAGAAGGGCUACUAUUUAGGCGACGACAUCUAUCCUGAAUAUGCUACGUUUGUGAAGACGUUUUCCGACUCGAUUGAUGAAAAAAGAAGACUUUUUAAGAAAAAACAAGAGUCGGCACGAAAGGGUAUUGAGCGGGCUUUCGACGAAGGGAAAGCCGUGUGCCAAGACUACAACGCUCAAGAACCGAGCCUAAAUCCCGCAUAUUGGAGUCAACAAACUCCAAUGGAAGUUCGGAUCCAAAAUCUGCGUACCGUUAAAAACCGAGAAACCCACAACAUGCUAACGGCAGAUUUGGUUGACCAUAUUUGGGCGAACACACCACAUGACUUCGAGCCUCCAGCCGAUCCCUUCGCCGAUCUUCGAGAUUAUGUUAGCACCGACGAUGACGACUCUGAUUAG